AUCCACCACCUGGACUGGAGCUGUCAGAGGCCAGGCCAGAGCAGAGCAGACCCGGGAGUGUGAGGCUGGGAGUGGCCCCAGCAGGUUCUGUGAGGCCGGCGGCACAGGAAAGGAACGAAGCCAGGAGCGCCUCAAAGUCCAGCGGGGUGGUGAGCGACUCUAACAGAGGAGCGUGGUGCUGGCAGCGAUGGGGCCUGGAACUUCAGGAAGUGGGGUCAGGACAGUGACAGCUCCACGCUCAGUGCUGGGCUCCGGAGGCAGCCUGCAUGCCUAUGACAUAGGGGUCCUGGUCGUCUACUUUGUCUUUGUCAUUGGCGUGGGGAUCUGGUCGUCCAUUCGCGCAAGCCGAGGGACCAUCGGCGGCUAUUUCCUGGCGGGGAGGUCCAUGACCUGGUGGCCGAUUGGAGCCUCUCUGAUGUCCAGCAAUGUGGGCAGUGGCUUGUUCAUCGGCCUGGCUGGGACAGGAGCUGCCGGAGGCCUUGCUGUUGGGGGAUUCGAAUGGAAUGCAACCUGGCUGCUUCUGGCCCUGGGCUGGAUCUUUGUCCCCGUGUACAUUGCUGCUGGUGUGGUCACAAUGCCACAGUACCUGAAGAAGCGAUUCGGGGGCCAGAGGAUCCAGGUGUACAUGUCUGUCCUGUCUCUCAUCCUCUACAUCUUCACCAAGAUUUCAACUGACAUCUUCUCUGGAGCCCUGUUCAUCCAGAUCGCUUUGGGCUGGAACCUAUACCUCUCCACGGCGAUGCUUCUGGUGGUGACAGCUGUCUACACCAUUGCAGGGGGUCUCACGGCCGUGAUCUACACAGAUGCUCUGCAGACGGUGAUCAUGGUGGGGGGUGCCCUGGUCCUCAUGUUUCUAGGCUUUCAGGAGGUGGGCUGGUACCCAGGCCUGGAGCAACGGUACAGACAGGCCAUCCCUAAUGCCACAGUUCCCAAUACCACCUGCCAUCUCCCCCGAUCUGAUGCCUUCCACAUGCUCCGGGACCCUGUGAACGGGGACAUUCCUUGGCCAGGCCUCAUUUUUGGGCUCACGGUGCUGGCCACCUGGUGCUGGUGCACGGACCAGGUCAUUGUGCAGAGGUCUCUGUCUGCCAAGAAUCUGUCCCAUGCUAAGGGAGGCUCGGUGCUGGGGGGCUACCUGAAGAUCCUGCCCAUGUUCUUCAUCGUCAUGCCUGGCAUGAUCAGCCGGGCCCUGUACCCAGAUGAGGUGGGCUGUGUAGACCCUGACGUCUGCCAAAGCAUCUGCGGGGCCCGCGUGGGGUGUUCCAACAUCGCCUACCCCAAGCUGGUCGUAGCCCUCAUGCCUGUUGGUCUGCGGGGCCUGAUGAUCGCCGUGAUCCUGGCCGCCCUCAUGAGCUCACUCACCUCCAUCUUCAACAGCAGCAGCACCUUGUUUGCCAUCGACGUGUGGCAGCGCUUCCGGAGGAAGGCCACAGAGCAGGAGCUGAUGGUGGUGGGCAGACUGUUUGUGGUGUUCCUGGUUGUCAUCAGCAUCCUCUGGAUCCCCAUCAUCCAAAGCUCCAACAGUGGGCAGCUCUUCGACUACAUCCAGUCUGUCACCAGCUACCUGGCCCCGCCUAUCACUGCCCUCUUCCUGCUGGCCAUCUUCUGCAAGAGGGUCACAGAGCCUGGAGCCUUCUGGGGCCUCAUGUUUGGCCUGGCAGUGGGGCUUCUGCGCAUGAUCCUGGAGUUCUCAUACCCAGCCCCAGCCUGCGGGGAGGCGGACCGGAGGCCGGCUGUGCUGAAGGACUUCCACUACCUCUACUUUGCACUCCUGCUCUGUGGGCUCACUGCCAUUGUCAUCGUCACUGUCAGCCUCUGUACCACCCCCAUCCCUGAGGAGAAGCUCGCUCGCCUGACGUGGUGGACACGGAGCCAUCCCCACUCUGAGUUGGAGAAGGAGGCCCCGGAGGGCACACCAGGGACCUCAGAGAUGCCAUCUGCGGCAUGCCCUCCAGGAGGCGGAGAGACAGAGAACUCCAGCCAGGACCAAGACCAGCACAGAGCCCGGCGCAGGCGCUGGGGCCGGCUGCUGUGGGACUGGUUCUGCGGGCUGGCCGGGCCCCCAGAGCAGGCGCUGAGCCCCGCGGAGACGGCCGCGCGCCAGCGGGAGCUGACCAGCAUCGCCGAGGAACCGCUCUGGACACGCGUCUGCAACGUCAAUGCCGUCCUGCUGCUGGCCGUCAACGUCUUCCUCUGGGGCUAUUUCGCGUGACUUCGCAGACCCGCAGACCUCCAGCGGACACAGAGGAAACGGGGCCCAAGCCUGCGGCCUCAGAGACAGGCUUCCCUCACAUCUUGCCGUGGAAACCGGCGACCACCGAGGAGGAGACACCAGACCCCCCCCCACACACACCCACCAAGUGGAGAAACAGAGGCCAGAGAGGGCUCUGGGUUUGCUCAGGGCCACACAGCAGGACUCGAACGAGCUCUUUUUCCAUUACACUGCGUUACAUCCCUACCUCAAAAACAGUUUCCACCCUCUUGGUGCGUCUAUUCAGGAGUUUUUACUAUGCAUGUGUUUUAAGGUGUAAAAGAGUGGAGGAUAUAAGAAAAAGGGUAGCAAGAACUUUACAAAAGUCCAAGUGUAUCUUUGCUCACCCAUAUCUCUUCCUUUCUCCCUGUCUCCUUCCCCUCCCUCUCCAGUACCCCACCCCCAGUCAUCUGUUUCUAGCAGGCGCUACCCCAGAGGGCCUUUACUUCCCCUGACAGCCCCAAGGGAGUGAGGGACCAGGGUGGAGUGUAAGCAUGGCCACAGACCGAGUUUUGGGCAGGGAGGUCUGGGGCAAAGGAAUCUCCUUGGCACCACUCAAAUUCUGCCCCUUCCCACUGUCACGUCCAAACACGUGCAGAGUCUCCACGGCCUUGAGGAAUUUGGAGUCCAGCUGGAGAGACAGGACUUGUUGAAAAGAAUAAGCCCUGAAGAGGGCUAGCAUGGGUGGCCUGGGAGCCACGGCACCUGGGCCCCUGCCCCUCUCCUUCUGCCUGCCAGGCACCCACCUACCCUGGAAAACACCAUGACCGGAAACUGGGUCACGAUCCCACUCCUGCUCCCACGUCCUCUGGACCUGCCUCUGUGGCGGCACUGAUGACGGUUCUGUGAUGUUUAUCUCCCCUAGGAGAUUAAGUACUCCAAGGGGCGAGGACCAAGGGCCAUGUCCCGAGUGACUUUGUACCCAGAAAGUAACAGCAUUCA